CCCGCGAAAUUUGCACACGUGAUUUAAAUUCGCGGGCUGGGAGAACAGAGAAGAAAGACUUCCAAGAUUCGUACCACGUUUAGUGUGUGAAUUUAUCCGCCAGUUUUCCUGAUCUCAUCUACAAGAUGUCUUCACCGAGAAGCACACCGAGCCGCAGGGGUGCACAGAAGAGGGGCAGAGGGGGAGACGAUACGCCUUCCCGGCGCAGCACUCGUAGUACCCGCAGUACGGAACCGUCGUCCCCGCCUUCCCAGCCUGCACCGCUGGACUCCUCCCCGAGCGGGGGGCUCGCCCCUCUGCCGUCGUCGCCCCCCUCGCAGGAGCAGCGUCAGAACGUGCACGACACAUCGCUGUUCUCAAGCCCCGCAGCCUCGCGCGCUGGAGCAGCUGCGAGUGAGAUUGACCUGAGUUCACCCCUGAACUAUGGCACCCCCAGCUCUCGAGUGGGCAGCACACCCAGGGGCAGUGUUGCGGGUACGCCAAGAUCCCGCGUGCGUGCCGAUAUCAGGAGCGAACGCAAGAGGAGGGAGGUCAAUCUGGCAUCCGAAGCCCAGGGUCCGCCUGAUGGGACGGAGCCGUCGGGCGCGGUGACCAGCGACCAGCCCAGCGGCCCUCAGCUGGUGAUCUGGGGCACGGACGUGGUGGUCAGCCACUGCAAGGACAAGUUCAAGCGCUUCCUGGCGCAGUACGUGGUUCCUUCUCUGGAUGAGGACGAGAUGGAAGGCAUCGAUGUCAAACAGCCGCUCUACAUGCAGAAACUGGAAGAGGUUGCCAUAUCUGCCGACCCCUUCCUGAACGUGAACUGUGGUCACCUGAAGGAGUUUGACGCCAACCUGUACCGACAGCUCAUCUGCUACCCACAGGAAGUCAUCCCGACGUUUGACGUUGCCGUGAACGAGCUGUUUCUGGAGAAGUUUCCUGACACGAACCUUGAGCAGCAGGUGCAGGUGCGCCCGUACAACGUGGAGAAAACCACCAACAUGAGGAACCUCAACCCUGAAGACAUCGAUCAGCUGAUCACGAUCGGCGGGAUGGUCAUCCGGACAUCAAACCUGGUUCCGGAGAUGAUGGUGGCGUUCUUCCGCUGCCACGUGUGCCACUGGACCUGCACCGUGGAGAUCGACCGCGGGCGCAUCGCCGAGCCCACGCUCUGCCGCAACUGCAGCACGCAGCACAGCAUGGCGCUGGUGCACAAUCGCUCGCAGUUCGGCGACAAGCAGAUGGUCAAGUUACAGGAGUCUCCGGAUGACAUGCCCCCCGGCCAGACCCCCAACACCACCAUGGUUUACGCUCACAAUGACCUGGUGGACAGCGUACAGCCAGGAGACAGGGUGAUGGUGACCGGUAUCUACCGCGCCACCCCGCUCCGCCCCAACCCUCGCCAGCGAAAUGUCAAGGCCGUGUACAAGACACACAUCGACGUCAUCCACUUCCGCAAGUUCGACACCAAGCGCCUCACCGAGGACAAAGACGGAGGUAUGAAAAUGUCGGAGGACCGAAUGGCAGAGCUGAAGGAACUGUCGCAGCAGGGGGAUAUCUACGAACGCCUGGCUCGAGCGCUCGCCCCCAGCAUCUAUGAAAAUGAGGACAUUAAGAAGGGCAUCCUGUGUCAGCUGUUCGGCGGUACCAAGAAGGACUUCACCGAGGCUGGGCGGGGGAAAUUCAGGUCGGACAUUAACGUGCUCCUGUGUGGCGACCCCGGCACCAGCAAGUCCCAGCUGCUGCAGUACGUGUACAAGAUCAUGCCCCGCAGUCAGUACACGUCGGGGAAGGGCUCCAGCGCCGUGGGGCUCACCGCGUACAUCACCAAGGACCCGGAGACCAGGCAGCUCGUGCUGCAAACAGGAGCGCUGGUGCUGAGUGACAACGGUGUGUGCUGUAUCGAUGAGUUUGACAAGAUGAGCGAAAGCACCCGCUCUAUCCUACACGAAGUCAUGGAGCAGCAGACGUUGUCCAUCGCCAAGGCGGGUAUCAUCUGUAGUCUGAACGCGCGUACGUCCAUCCUGGCGGCCGCCAAUCCCGUGGAGUCACAGUGGAACCCGAAGAAGAACAUCAUCGAAAACCUGAACCUUCCUCACACUCUGCUGUCCAGGUUUGACCUGAUCUUCCUGAUUCUGGACCCUCAAGACGAGAUCUUCGACCGUCGUCUGGCGAACCACCUGGUGUCUCUGUACUACAGGAGCCCGGAGGAGGAGCAAGCUGACGAGAUGGACAUGAGCCUGUUGAAAGACUACAUCAGCUACGCCAGGACCAACAUCCAGCCCAAGAUGAGCGAGGAAGCCAGCCAGGCGUUCAUCCACGCUUAUGUGGAGGCGCGGAAGCUGGGCAGCGGGCACGGUAACGUGUCGGCGUACCCGCGCCAGCUGGAGUCGCUCAUCCGCCUGGCAGAGGCACACGCCAAGAUCAGGUUUUCCAAUGUUGUAGAGUUGGUUGAUGUUGAAGAGGCCAAAAGACUCCACCGCGAGGCGCUGAAACAGUCCGCCACAGACCCGAGCACGGGCGUGGUCGACAUCAACAUCCUGACUACGGGCAUGAGCGACGCCGCGCGCAAACGGCGCCAGGAGAUAGCACAGGAGAUCAUGAAAUGGUGGUCGGCCAACAACAAGCCGCGCACGGCGAAGUCGCAGGUUAUCUACGACGCGAUUAGGGCCGCUUCAGAGGGGUACCUGCCCCGAGACCUGUUUGACGAGGGCGGACAUCUUCUUCAGGAGGACGGCAAGGUCAUCCGCACCGGAACCACCUUCCGAUUCAUGUGAUUCAAGAUGGCGUCUCCAACGUGACCUUGACCUUUCUGAAGAUACUUGGGGGGGGAACUUAUGUACUUUCGCUUCAUGUGAUUAGUCAUAUGACGUCUUCAACGUGCCCUUGAUCUUAGACGUGCCUUCUAAAGAUAUUUGCGGGGGAACUUAUGUACUUUCGCUUCAUGUGAUUAGUCAUAUGGUGUCUUUAAUGUGGCCUUGAACUCGAAAAGUGCCUUCUAAAGAUAUUUUGGGAAACUUAUGUACAGAAUUUUCUUUCUUCAUAACUGCUUACAGGUUUUCGGUGGUACUUGUUGUAAUGUUAGACAUAUUUCAAAUUUGUAGCAAACUUUUGGAUGUAUGUAAUCAACAGAAUGUGAUAUUUGAGAUACAUGCAGAUUGCAGAAUGUUGACUUGAUGGUUUGAGUGAUGUUGAUGAUGAUCUGACGACUGAAAUCAUUGUGCCUUUACUCCAGUAAUUGUUAUAAAAUAGAGCACUAUAACUAUGUCAGAUAUACAAACUUCCCACCAAUGUGUGAAUUCAACCAACCUUACGUGUUCAAUUACCCCUACAUUUAAGGCUUUGUGUGUGUCAUCUGUUAUACUUGUAAUAGGGUGAUCAUUAUUUCAGGAAAAGCUCCAUGUUCUUGAUACCUUGCCGUAUAUUUGCCUUAUACGUAUAUUUGUUUUUUUUUGUCUUGAGCAUAGACCAUGUAUUGCUUGUAAUGUCCAGAGUAUAGAAAUGUACUAUUAACAUAACUAUAAAAAUGACUUUGCAGUCACAUUUGGCAGACGUGUAACUGCUAUUCAGAAGUGUAGCAAAUGUUAUAUGGAAGAAAUUGUCAGACUGUGAAGUGUUCUUUUG